AUGGGAAGUGGAAGCCUUAGCAGCUUUUGCUUAAAGAUACCAGCGAAAGAACUUAAAGCUGCUUUAGGAGCUUCAAAAAACAAGUUUGAGGUUCUUACCUCAAUUGAUCCUGAAAAUUUGUUGCUUGCUGAUGAUGGUAAGAAGCAGAGAGCAGCUUCUUUAGGAGUGUCUAAACUUGUUCAGGACUUAAAGUUGAAGAAAAAAGAACAGCUUGAUAAAGUGAAGAAAAUGGAGGACAGGGGUGGUACCCUCUUCCUCUCCCAUUAUUUCAUGUUAAGGAAAAUCAUUAAUUGGGCUACUAGCUGUCAUAUAAGCAUCCUCUGUCUGCUGGAAACUCGUGUUAAGGAAAUCAACUCUGCUGACAUUCUAAACCGGAGUUUUAGUGACUGGGACUCCUAUUGCAACUACAAUCACGCAGUCAAUGGUCGUAUUUGGGUUCUUUGGCAUAAAUACCUGGCUUGUUCUGUCAUCUCUGCGUAUGAUCAGAGUGUUUCGAUUAAGGGCUCUUUUGAGGGACAAAGCUUUUGUGUCACUGCAGUGCAUGGAUUGAAUGAUGGUAAUGCUCGGAGACACCUAUGGAACCAAUUAAUCUCCCUGGAUAUUGUCAACCUUCCAUGGCUGAUUGGGGGCGAUUUUAAUAUCAUUUUGAACCCUGAGGAGAGCUCGGGUAGCAUCAAUACUUCUACUCUAGCUGAUAUCUCGGACUUUCGGAGCUGUGUGGAAAACCUGGGGGGUUUUGACCACUCGUUCACUGGUCCCUUACUUACCUGGUCAAAUAAGCAGCAGGAUUCGUAUUUAGCUCGCAAACUGGACCGAGUCCUGGUGAACUCUGCUUGGAUUGAUGCUUUUCCUGAAUCCGAUGUGGAGUUCCUCGCCCCGGGGGAUUCUGACCACUGUCCUGCUGUAGUGUGGCUCCGGAAAGCAGCCCCUGUUCCAGUGGAGGGUAAUCCUGCCCAAGUACUUUUUCAAAAGCUCAAACGGUUAAAAUGUCCUCUCAGAUAUCUCAACAAAAGCCACUUCAAUGACAUCUCCAAUCAGGUGAAACUGAAAAGAGAGGAGCUGAUGCGUAUUCAACUUGCAAAUCUUUCUGCUGGCAGUAUUGUCAACGAUGAAAUGCAAGCUGAAAGGGAGCUUCAUUCCCUUGAAGAAGCUGAGAUGCUUUUUUAUAAGCAAAAGGCUAAAGUCAGUUGGAUAAAUGAGGGUGAUCAAGGUACUCGCUUCUUUCAUUCGGUGGUGGCUAGCAAAAGGAAAAGCAGUACGAUAAUGGUUCUUUUUGAUCAAUCUGGUACUAGGCUCGACACUUUCGAUGAUAUGGCAAAUGAGGUGAUCAAAUUCUUUCAGUAUCAGCUGGGUACGACCGAUGCAAAUGUAAAGGGCUGUAGCACAGCUACAAUUAAAGAUCUCCUCAAUUACUCCCUUCCCUUGGGUGCUGACACUGUUUUAUGUCGUGAUGUCUCUGACGUGGAGAUUCGGAAAGCCUUAUGGGGACAGGGAAACGACAAGUCCCCUGGACCUGACGGUUAUAAUCCUUUUUUUUAUAAGGUUGCUUGGCCCAUUAUUGGAGAUGAUUUCACAACUGCUGUUAGGUAUUGCUUCGAAAACUCUUUCAUUCUUCCUGCUUUUAACUCCACAGCUGUUGUUCUUGUUCCCAAAGUGCCAAAUCCUAGCUUAGUCAAAGAUUUCAGGCCUAUUUCUUGUUGCACUGUGAUUUAUAAGACCAUCACCAGGAUAUUGGUUAAGCGCUUGUCUGCUGUGUUCCCCGACAUGGUAACCAAAAACCAAACUGCUUUCGUUAAAGAGAGAAGCAUUGUUGACAACACCCUCCUUGCCCAAGAGAUUGUCAGGGGUUAUAAUAGGAAAAAUAUUUCCCCUAGAUGUACGUUGAAGAUAGACCUCCAGAAGGCUUCGACUCCCUUGAUUGGAACUUCAUUUUGGUUACUCUGA